AUGAGUUCUUUUUAUAGUAAAACUAAUUUACCAUCAAAUGAAGAUAUUCAAAAUACAUUCAAAGAUUUUAAAGAUAAUCAAAUUAUUUCUUGUAUUGAUUAUUUCGAAAAACGCAAACGUAGUCGAUGUCAUAUUUAUUCAUAUCCAUAUCAAUUGAAGCAUUAUGAUAAUAUAACAAAUAAUUUUCGAGAUGGAUUAUUUAAAUAUGUUUGUGAAGUAUCAUUAUAUGAUGAACAUCCUUUCGAACAUGAAUUUUUUCUUCGAAUUACUCAAUCAUUUCCAUUGUUGGAAACAUUAACUGUAAUUAAUGAGCAACGACAAAAUAAUAAACGAUUUAGAAAAUCAAAAAAUGAAAAUGAAGAUUUAUUAAUUGUUAAAUAUCCACAUCUUAUUCAACUUAAUCUUAGGGAAGCUCACACAGAUUAUCAUGAACAAUUUUUAUUUGAUACCAAAACAUGUUUAUCAAAUGAUGUUCAUAUUCGUAUGAAUUAUCGAUUAGCGAAAAAAGUAACACGCUAUUUUAGAAGAAAUACAAGUCGAAAUAAUUGCGCCAAAUUAAGUUAUAUUUUGUUUUACAAGAAAUCAAAAUUUCCUGAACAUUUAAAAGACUAUUUCCCUCAUGCAACAUAUAUUCUGAUUAUCAUCAUUUCAUCAUUUAAAUAA